AAGUCUGUACUCCUAUGUGUUAGUGAAGGAGAUGGCAUGUGACAAGUGCAAUGUGUGAGAAGUGAGUAAGUUUCCUGGGAAGUUUAGAAGCUUUUCAUCUGUAUGGAUGUUUGGAUCUCCUCAUGGUUCAAGGACUUUAGCUCAGACAGUUGCAUAUAAUGCAACAAGGGGCAUUCUUUGCAUUUUGUGCCACAGCAGAAGUUAUCCUUCUUGCCCCACAUGCAUAGAAUUCUGGGCAAAUCACAAGUUGGGUCUUGGAGAGAUUUAACUGAUUGCCUCGUUAUACAUAAUGAACAUCAAAGAGCUCUGACAUAUAUAAAACUUUGAUGCAGAACAUAUUCCUGGUACUGUAAUUUUUUAGGUUUCUGGCAUUGUUAUAUUUUGUCUUUUAACUUCUUGUGGAUAUCAUUUUUCAAAAUAAUUGUAUAAAAUGUAAUUUUCCAAUGUAUUAUUAGCUGUAGUAACACACACAUUCAUCAACUGGAACCAAUGUAUUUGCAAAUGAGAAUUUCAUUAACCAUUCAAUUUGUUCUAAUCCAACAGAGCAUGCCAUUUUUAAAAGCAUCAUUGUUACAGCAGAUGAUACAGAUUUCUGACCUACAAAACACUGCAGCAGUAUCUCAGCUUCUUCAUUGUGUACAAAGCGACCCUUGGAUGGGGAAUUUCUCUGCCAAUUUGACUAAUAGAAAUGGACAUAGCUCAACUCUUGCAAUGCCAUAUUUCCCUCAAUAAACUUGACUGUUUAACGGUAUCCAUGGUGACAACUAACGUCAUGGAGAUGCCAAGUAGCUAUUAGAAUUGAUGAAAUGAAUCUUCAUCUGCCUCCACUUUGAGUAAGCCUGCUUGUGGGUAGAUUUACUUGUGUUUCGCGGAGUUCUCGGAACACCUGCUUAGUAGCACUUUCCCAAACUGCACAAAAACAAUACCAGCACCUCAAUGCCAUUGUCUAGCAAUUAUCUAAUUUACUCUUUCCCUUCAACUUCAUCAAUUUAGUUUGUUUACAAAGAAUUACACAGCAAAGCUGUUACCGAGUUUAGUUUCCUAGCCUUAAUUUUAAAAUGAUGCAUUAAUAAAUGAGUCCUAAAUAUAGAUGUUCCCUGAAUCUUGUAUUGAUCCAUCCUCAGACACAGAAGAUACAUUGCCUAAAUUGAUUAUCAAAAUAAUGUAACAAAGGCCUAAUGUAGAGAACUGUACACCAGCAGCAACAGCUGCAAUUAAGUUUGUCCAAAUUAAUUAUCCCUAAUAGUCAUUCAUACAAAACAGUCUUCAAUGCAAAAAAAAAACAACCAAAAAAAACAAAAAACCAACUCUCCAGGCCAGGGUCAUAGAACAAGAACAAUAAAUAAUCUCUGAAAUGAAGAACAAUGUAUAGAGUGAAUAUGACUAUAACAGAUAGGAGAUCAAAGGGAUUGUAGCCAAAUAGACAGAGUAAGAUUAUGUGUUCAAGUAUAUAACCAUCAAUGACCUCACGGCUGACAAUGACCUUCACUAUGUAACACAAGAAUCAGCAAUUAAAAUAUGACAAUGUGUAUCUCCACACAGCUCAACUCAUAAUCGUGAAUUGUUACAAAUCAACAUGUCAUUCUUCUGCUUCAGAUCGGUGUAGAUAACAAAUUACAUUUGGUAAUUAAUCUUGUCACACUUCGUUUAUUCUCUUUUGAUUUAAAGAUCACUUGAAGUAUAGUCUCUCUCUGUGUGCACCUUACCGAUAUGAUUACCAAAAUCACUCAUCUGAGAACCAUUGUUUGCAAUCAAUGUCAUGAACAGCUCGAAAACUGUUCAAAGUUGCCAGAGAACUUAAUUAUUAAUUUACCUAGUAUAGAGUCAGAAAUUUAAAAAAUAACUCUGGAAAACUAGUUCAUAGCAGAGGACCAUUAGAGUGACACCUUAGACCAGUUGUCCUCUACCCAAUCCACAGUGAACUAGUAGUGCCUGUUUGAAUGUGCCAUGUUUCCAGGCAUUAAUCCGAGUAAUCCAGGCUACAAUAAGAAGCAUGAUAAACAUAAAAAGCCAGAAAAGGUAGGAAAAAUCAAUCAAUCAAUCUAAGAACUGAAACGUGUAUAACCUGCAUUUCAAAAGUUCAUAUGCCUGGUUGAUAUGGUUAUACGUCUGAAUAAAAUCAGGUGUUAGUGCAAUAUGAGAGGAUGACCUUCAAUUGCACAUUUUCUUACUCCCCCCCCCUCUGUUGCAGCAUGAAUGAUUGAGUCUGUCAGUGUUACCGAGAUUAUGACAUCAGCACUUCCUGCAGAAUGUCUGCAAUAUGGAAUGCCAAUUUGAAUAAAGUACUUGAAUGCAUCAGUUCUUUGAUGAAGUCAUCCAUAAAUAGUAAGAUAAUAAUCAAUAGGAAAUGACAUUUUAUAUCUUGUAUGCAAAAUUGCAGAAUUCUGUGCUAAUAUACAGGUGAAAUGAUCAAUAUGACUGCAUCCUAUGGCUUAAAUAGACACAUGCAAAUCAAAUCUGCACAAUCUUUGAAAUCAAUGGCCAUUAACGUAUCCAUGUAGAACACACACAGCUAAAGUAAAAUGUGAUGUAAUCAAGUAAAGUGCAGCUAAAACCAUCAUUUUUCUUCUCCAAUCCUGUUUUCAUACGAAAUUCUCUAUCCUGUAGUCUGCUGUGUGACACUAUUGUCAUAUUCAGUAGAAAUAUUGAAAAAGAAAAAAGGGUUUUACAAUUAAUUAACUGCCAUGAUACGGAUGGCGGCAGGUGCUCUAAAUGGACUACGGAGAUUUUAAUCCUACCUCACAGUCUUACAGGUAAACACAAAAAAUUCCACUGAAAUUUUUUUCCCAUGAUGGCCAAAAUAAAUAAGGACUGAGAGUAAUCUACCAUACUAAGAAGAAAAAUCCUCAUCAAUUUCACCUGAACCUGGCUCAGGUUAGGAGUUCCCUGUACUUCACGAUAAAGACAAUGUACUCGGAUGUGUGAGUGAAUUGGAUUUAUAAAGGUAUCUUCGGGAAGACAAUCCGGUAACCUUGGAUUUUUUUCAACAUGGCUUCAACUUGAGAAUGUGGGAAGAUUACCACUGAACUGCACACCAUGGGUGGAUACCAACAUCAGGAUCUGUGCUGGACUAAAACGUCAAAUUAUUGAACCCUGUUUGUUUGAAAAUGGAUUUCAAAACUUGACAUGGAAUCAGUGAUUCAAAGAGAUACACGUAAAACAAAUGUCAUUCAUUAAAAGGGAGUUAUGGAGAGGGACUAAGCAAAAAUCAUAUCAUUUAUCAUGCAAUUUGUUGAAAAUAUUUGCUUUUUCCAACUUCUGAUGAAAGGUUUCGAGACAAAUGGGGUAUACAGUUACGAAAAUUUCCCAUUUUUGGGUGGAAUGUGUUACUGAUACAAUAUCUAAUGUUGGUUUGACUAAUAUUGCCAUGGUAACUGGAUGUGAGACAUGAGAGGAAUAUCCACCAUACAAAUAGAACCCCAGGUAAAUGAUUGAUUUUCUCUACAAACCUUCCCAUUUCAAACAUUAUAUGUAGCAUUUCUGAUAAAUAGGAAAAAAUGUCAUAAUCAGCCAACUUGACUUCACAAAUAAUCAAAACAGGUAGAAUAGGAGAAAUCAAUGAAGGCAGCAACAUCCAGGUUAUAUCAAUACUACAAAGGUGUGGAGAUUUCUAAUCUGACGCAAAGGUCUCCAAGUUGUAUUUAUUAAGAUAAUGUUUUCAGAGAAAUAGUCAUAACUUUAUAAGCAAUGUACUAAUUCAUAUCAUAUUCGAUAUAACUUCAUAAAAUAGACACACUCAGAAGCAAAUUUUGACACCUAUCCAUGCAUGAAUCUCAGAAAAUAGGUGUUGCUUCCUUCACCAGUAUGUGCAACUAAAGACAUAAAAUUUCCAUAAGUCUGCCAUUUGAUCAUGUAUGAUAUAUUGAACCAAUGAUGUUUGAAUUCUCAAUCUCUAUGGCUCACUUUUGGGGCCAAUACGAUGAUCCGCCAACUCAAAGCAUACCCUGAUAUCCCCCCUUUCUAUAUGUAUCAAGAUAUCAUGCAUAUAACUAGUAUUGAAGGGGUGGGGGAUCUAACCUAAUCAAACAAACCAGUUCUUUAGUUUUUCAUGCUUUAAAUGUACUGAAAUAAUAGUGAGUUAUGUAAUAUUGUCCAAUGUCAGAUGGGAUUCGACGUCUUGGAUUUUCCUUCUAGAUCUGACUGGGAGUGGUGGCGUGCUCCUGUAAUCUAGCUACUUGGAGGUCAGAGUUGCAUUACUAUAAUCAUAUUGCACAGAUUUGUAACUGAAUGGGAGUUUGAACUAAUAAACGUGUUUACCAUUUACUUAGUGCAUAGAACUCUCUACUCAAUCUGUCAUCCACCGAUGAUCAGCUUCAUCCACUGAUUACUUCUGUGAUCAGAGUACCGUGUCUGUCAUUUCUGUUCUACUUUUGUUUUUUGAAGAAUGAAUUAUUGCUUAUGAAUAUUUUGGGAAAUCAUUUCAGGACAGUACAAACAUUUUUUGUUUGCAGGAAAAUAAAGCAUGUGUAUCUGCGUCUCCGUGGAUUGUCAAAGUCCUAAUCACUUUACAGACUUGGAGUUUACACUAACUGUUAUUAAUAUUAAAAACAAAACUAACACACACACCCCUUACUCUCAAAGCAUUCUGCCUUACAGUUAAUUUCCCUUAUGUGGUGCAUGCUUGAAAAUGAAAAGCAUCUCAAUAGCCUCAUACAAUCAUCUUAAUUGACUCGAUCAAAUUAUGAGAAAAAGUCAUUAUUUCCAUUGAUUGUUUAGAUAUUAAUUGAAAAAAUACCCAUGAAUCAAAUUAUUGAAUGCCACUCAAAUAACACUAUGAAUUAGCAUGCACGAGGGUUUUCUAGAGAAUGCACAAUAUAACCCUAAAUCCCCUCCAUCAUUUCACUUAACGAGAAGUUGUAAUGAAAACUAUAACAAUACCUUAUAGAUACUUUUGUUUACAUUUGAAUAGCAUUGCAAAUUGACAUUUUCAGUGACAAAUUACUAAUACUUUUAAUUUGAGGCAAAGUCAUGAAACACAUUUUACUUUCACUGUAUUUUCUUGUUAUAAAUGUAUGUUGAGAGAGAGAGAGAAAUAGAGGGGGUAGAGGAAGAAUGAGGUACAGCCUGAGAGAGAGAGAGAAAAAGUGAGGAUGCACAGAACACAUAAUCCACUGCACUGACUGGCAUCCAAUGUUGCACUCUACUCUAAGUGUCAUUACUCAAACAAACAAGACAUGUUUCAGAAAUGUGGUAGUAUCGUAAUCACUAGCACAUACACCAUUACAUAAAACGAGCAUUCCCCCUGGAGUUCAUCAUGUAAACAUCAUAAUCAAUUUUGAAGUCUUUCUUGUAAAGACAUUGAAAGGUAUUUUUAAUGCACAAAGUUGGAUAGCUGAAUUACAAAUUGCUCUUGGUCAAUACAGUAGAACAAAAUAUUUUAAAUUGUCACUGCAACAGUAAUUGUAUACAUAACUGUACCACUCGACUUACAAGGAUUCAAAGUGGCGUAAUCUUAUAUCAGACAUUUCUUCUUUGCUCUCCAUUGACACACAACAUCCAAUUACUCUCUUUUCUCAACUUAAUGACUGAGAGAAAGUCAGACAACAUAGCUUGAACACAUGUCCAUGUGUAUUGGGAAUCAAUAGAUGCCUUCUUUUUUUUUUUUUUUUGGCUAGAUAGAUGUGUUAUGGUCUCUAUCAAGAUAAAGAUGGUGUCUCAGAUACUGAAAUCUUCAGAUGCACCUUCAUUAAAUUAAUCUCACCUGACAGAUAAUACUUACAUAGGGCUAAGUCUUGUUCCAGCUUAUACGCAAUCUGUUCAGCUCUCUCCUUUCUCUGAAAGAAAAGUAAGAGAUCAUUUUAGAGUUACCUCCCUUAUACUUUCACAAUUUAUGAGAUCAACCUUCCCAGAUGUUAUCCAUGUACAAAGACGGAUAUUCUUGAACUUUAAAAGGCAUGUCUCCUCCGCAGGUUGACACCAUUAUGUGUAGAGAAUUUAAAGCUUAAGAGCAAUCCUUGGCAAGUCAAAAAAUUCAUUUUGGACACUCUCUGAACCAUGAAAUUACAAAUGAAAACACAAUGUUGAAUCCAGUGCGGGGACAAUUGAAUGGGUCGGGUUGAUGGCUAUGGUUGUUCAUGCUUUUGACAGUAAUCUAGAAGAUACUGAGGUUGGUGAUUUGAAGAAAAUUUUGAUGAAACAAAAGUAAUCAUAUAUAUAUAUAUUUUGGUUUAAAGAUAACUUUAUAUACUUUGUACCAGUUUGUUGCACUUCACACUGCUGCACCUGUGAAAUUACGUAAAUUCAAAUUUCACAAAAGCAUACCUUCAGGGGACAUUUACAAACUAAACAGCUAUUUACACAUACUAGAAAAAUGUUCCCAACUCUGUUGGUAUUAAUAUACCAAUUUUCUGUUACAUGUAAAUAUUUAACAAGUACAUGAAAUAAUUUUACAAAAAUCCAUAUAAUUUAAUUUCCUUCUGUUCUAUUGCCAAACAUCUCCCUAAACUGAUAAUAAAAUCAUUCAUCUUCUGUACAUUGGGUUGUCUAAUGGCAAAACUGUUGACUAAACAGAACAUACGGAUUUUGUUAGAGGGUUUUACAAGCUUGACAACUCCUGCCAAAAAGUUCUGUUCAGUAAUGAAAGUCAUGACAUAGGCUUGAUCUACAUUCUGUUGCCUCAGUUACCCACUUUCUUCCUCUGGUCUUGCAUGAGCUGACCAGUAAAACCCUCACUGCUGCAUUCUAGUCACCGGACAAUGUAUCAUACAACUGAUAAAUUACAAACAACCAGCACAGCAAUAUUAAGUGGGGGAGGGAAUAUUUGUGCAGCACUGUCUACCAGCUACCGAAAUAAUAAAGCUUCAUUAGCCAGUUGCAUGUGGAAGACAUUAGCUGCAGCAAUCAAUACUGUAAAGACUAUGUUUUUAUUAGGAAUGUACGCUCCUGGCACUAAUUAAUCCCCUUAGUCCUAUAGUAGCUAUUGCCAGCUCCCUAAUACACAACAAUGCCUUGCUAUUACGAUUCCUAUCUCCUAGGUGGAACAUCAAACAUGUUUAAUAUUUUCUCUCCUAUAAAGAGCUAUGUCAAUUUGCAUCUCUUUAUUCAUUAAUGCAUUAAUAAAAAAAAAGUUUGUUAGAUCAGCAUUACAAGACUUACAAUCAAUGAAAAACUAAUUCCAGUUUUCUUAAACAACAAAAUAUUUAUCAAUAAGAAAUUGUAUAAAACUAUGCACAAUCAUCCAAAUUGCAAAAAUAUGAGGUAAAUCAAUCUGAUUGAACAGAAACUACAGAAGAAUACAGCAUCAGUGUUUCCGAGAAGCAUUACAUUCUCUAUAUUCUUACCUUUCUCUCCUUCCGUUCAUCUUUAGUUUCUACUCGAGUCGGAGGUGGAGUGUCCUUUGGAUCCUAAAAAUGACCAGAUAAUCUCAUACAAAUAUAUAUAAAUGUGUUCGUGUGUAAUAACACAUUUAUGAAAGGAUUUCUUGCUGUGCAAGACAUUCCAAAACUUUCAAACACAGAUAAAGUGGAGGAAUAAGAAGUAUUAUGUAUUUCUGUAUUUUAA